ACUAUAACUCCAUCCAGAAGUAACACAAGGACAGAAUGUAUGACUAUUUUUGGUCAUGGAUUUCAUACACUUUCUUUAAUAAACAUCUAAAAGCAAAAAUGAAAUCAGAUAGGGGACCCUGGGACAACAUCUAAUCAAAUGAAGGUCUAAUUGUGUCAGUUUAGGGGUCCUUGACAUGAAGAAGUUUGGGAACCACUGGUCUAGACAACAACAUUUAGUUUAGAUGACUUAUUAAAGCGUCUCUCUGUGUCAUGUCCCGCUGUCCUCUAAGGUUAUGUUGUUUCCGCGUUGUCAGCUAUUAUUUCCUGUUUUAUUUUGGUAUGCUCAUCUUUGUCUCUCGUUUCAGACACUUCACUUCCUGCCCGUGUUUGUGAUUGUCUGAUUGUUUUCACCUGUCCCUCCUUAUAACCCUCCUCUCACGGUGUAUUUAGUCUUUGUCUGUGCCACCUAAUUUGAGCUAUUCAUAGUUUACGUUCCAGCCUUUUGUUCCCUUUGACUUCUUUGUGUGAUUUAGACCUUACUUCUGUAUAUAUUUGUUUUUUGGAUUGAACUCCCAUGAACCAAACCCUGUUUUCUGUUGGCCAUUGGAGUCUUUGGAUGGAUAAAUCGCCAAUCUUCCAAAAGAAAAUACCUCAUUUGGUGUGCCCCAAAUCUCCCAAGGGUGUCCGAUUCGACCGAGGCCACAGCAUCACAUCAUUCUCACACUGAUCGAACCAUUCGACGGAUGCAGUGGACUCUGGGAUGUUUUGGUGCAGGAGGUGACAGGGUUGACAGCCAGAAGGACACUCCAGGAGCAGACGCACAGUAUGUAGGAGAAGGCAUAAAAUAAAGCAUUUAUUGUUCCUGCUCUAUAAAAAUGGUAAAGGCGACAAUAAUUGCGGCGCUGGCGUUGCUGCUGGUGGCGUCUGUCGCCACAUUCGUUGGCGUCUUCUUCGGUGUCGGGAAGCGGAAUCCGCCGAGUGAGCAGGUGUGCUUGAAGGCAGCUGUGGCGGCAGAUGCUGGGCCGUGUUCAGAGGUCGGCAGAGACAUACUGAAGAAAGGGGGGUCUGCAGUUGAUGCCUCUAUAGCUACUUUACUGUGUGUUGGACUUAUGAACGCUCACAGCAUGGGCAUCGGAGGAGGACUUUUCUUCACCAUCUACAACGCCAAAACUGGGACAGUUGAGACCAUUGAUGCCAGGGAGACGGCCCCGCGCAACGCAACAGAGAACAUGUUUGGGAACAGCACAGAUCUGUCCCAGAAAGGAGGGUUGUCUAUUGCUGUACCGGGGGAGAUCCGAGGUUAUGAGAUGGCGUACGGACGACAUGGCAAACUGCCUUGGAAAGACUUGUUCCAGCCGAGCAUUGAUCUCGCAGAAAAAGGUUUCCCUUUGGGCCGGGCACUUGCCUCUGCUGUGAACAGAAACAAGAAAACCAUCAUCAAGGACAAAGCCCUAUGUGAAGUGUUUUGUGGGGAAACUGGCGACGUCCUAAAAGAAAAUGACACCAUCGUAUUUACCAAGCUUGCAGAAAGCUAUAGGAGGAUAGCAGAAGAAGGUCCUGAUGCUUUCUACCGGGGACAACUGGCUCAGAACCUUGUGACGGAUAUUCAGGCAGCAGGCGGUAUCAUCACAAUGGAGGAUCUGAGGGAUUAUGUGCCUGUCUUGGAUGAGAACCCUUUAAGGGUGAAUGUGGGGGAGUACACCAUGGCUGUUCCCAAUGCCCCCGCUAGCGGCCCUGUGCUCUCGCUGAUAUUAAACAUCUUGAAUGGGUACAACUUCACCUCAGAUAGUAUGGCAAGCCCUGAGAAAAAGAUCCUGACCUACCAUCGCAUCGUGGAGGCUUUUCGGUUCGCUUACGCAAAGAGGACCUUACUUGGAGAUCCGAUGUUUCUCAACAUCACAGAUCUCAUCCAGAAUAUGACUUCAAGCUUCUUUGCCGAUGACCUCCGUGAAAAGAUCACAGAUGAGUCAACACAUCACAUGAACUACUACGAGCCGGAGUUUUACCUGCCUGAGAACCACGGCACCUCACAUCUCUCUGUAGUAGCAGAAGAUGGGAGCGCUGUGGCCGCCACCAGCACCAUCAACCACCUUUUGGGCUCCAAAGUCAUGUCAGGGUCAACAGGGAUAAUUCUCAACAAUGAGAUGGACGACUUCAGCUCUCCGCUCAUCACAAACGGCUUCGGAGUGCCUCCUUCACCCAACAACUUCAUCAGGCCAGGAAAAAGGCCGAUGUCAUCUAUGUGUCCGACCAUCCUCUUUGACAAAAACAACAAAGUGAAGAUGGUGGUCGGAGGCUCAGGGGGAACAAAAAUCACCACUUCUAUCGCUCAGGUGAUUCUGAACGCACUGUUCUUCGACUACGAUCUGAAUAAAGCUGUGUCAGAUCCGAGGCUCCACAACCAGCUGAGUCCCAACGCCACUGUAGCGGAGCCCGACUUUGACAAAAACAUCAUGAAUGGUUUGGCAUUAAAGAACCACGAGACAGAGUUCCUCAAAUCAUCAGGAGCUGUGGUGCAGGCGGUGGUUCGCUAUGAGGACGGACUCCACGCUCAGUCAGAUCCUCGCAAGUGGGCAUACGCCGCAGGGUACUGAGGUCAUAAACACGCCUCUGAUUGUGCAGAGAGACUACAGACGUGUGAACCUUGACACCAGAGAGAUUAGAGACUUAAUAAAGAAAACGGGAACAUCAGCUGUCUUGGGCCCCAAUUGUUCUCUCAUUAAGUUAGAAUAACGUUGCUUCAUAACACGCAACUGCGAUAACAGAACAUGACCUUUUGCGUGUUACGACCUUGAAAACAAAGUGCCUCACUCUGAAAUUAAUUCUAAAUAUUGACUCAUGUCCAAUACAUUUCUAUGUCAUGUCAUAAUUUCAGGUAAUUUAAGAAAUGCACAAGACAUUGGGUGUUAUUUUAAGGGAGAGCUUUACCAUCAUCAAUGUUUUGUUCACACUAUCGGUCAUAAAUGUGUACAAUUCCUAUUUAUGAAGCCCUUUUGUAAAUCAUUAGCAGUGUAAAGCUAUUUCCUGUUAUAUGAUAUGUGACGUCUACAGUAACUACUAACAACUGAGCUCUUAAUUAAGGAAAUAUCCAUAGAAAAAAAUCAACGAAAACUAACAAACCUCAAAUCAUUUUUAGUAAUUUAAAACUUUAACAGAAGUCACCAGGACUGUUCAUAUGAGGUGACAGCAAACGGAAGGAGAGCCGACAUAAUCUGUUGUUAAAAUAAAGGACUGUAACACCUCAGGGACCGACACAGUCCUACUUAAUGACUUACAGUCAUUUCCCACAACCCAGAGUGCAAUGGCCUGUAAUGACCCCAUAACAACAUUACAGCUGUUGCUGCUCACAGUCACCACUGAGAUUCAGGGCUCUUCUUCUUUACUCAGCUGGAAUGUAAAUGUGUUGCAUGAUAACUGAAAUGUAUAAACGUGUAAAAUGAUAGUGCCUUUUUCAUUUUUUUUUGCUAAAAAUGACUGGUUUAUAUGUGAUAGGAACUGUCAUAAUACAAACUUUAACAUUCACAACACAUAUUUAUUUAAAAACAAAUUAAGGACAAUGAAUGGUGUGAAUGGAUCAUUUUAUUUGGUGAGUUUAAUGGUUUUUUAUUGUUUUUAUGAAAUUGACAUUGUAGAUGUUUUCUAUUUUUAGAAGUUUUUUCACUUGAAAUGAACAUACUGUAAUUAUUAAACAUACCCAUUGUAUAAAAGUA